UCUCCUCCGACGUAGCUUAUCAUCACAACGCCGCUAUCCGUGAACGGCAUCUCGCAAGGAUUCUGCCUGCUACAUAGUCAUACUUAUCUGUCAUGAUUCCCGCGAUGUCCAGGGUUUCCCAUCGGAGAACGCGUGCUACACAGAACGCGUAGAAUCUUCAACACCAUGCGCAUCGCCCGCAGCGCGGAGCUGCUAAAACUUCCAUCGGCUUCGCUAUGGCCACUUCUUCGUCCUUGAGGAUCAAUGCGGAUCGGCUGAACAAGACGCUGCAGAGUACUUGUACGCAAUGGGGUGCGCUUUCGGAACCGUCGACGGGCAUGUGUCGCUUGACGCUCAGCCAGGAGGAUAAGGAGGUGCGGGACUGGCUUGUACAGGAGUGCAAGAGCCUUGGAUGCGGGAUAAAGGUCGACCAGAUUGGCAAUAUUUUCGCCGUACGACCAGGUGUGGCGAACGAUAGGAAGCCGAUCGCGAUGGGCAGCCAUUUGGAUACCCAGCCAGCAGGGGGAAGAUACGACGGCAUCCUCGGCGUCCAAGCGGCGCUUGAAGUCCUCCGCACGUUGCACGACAACAAUAUUCAAACCCACUGCCCGAUCGCGCUUAUAGACUGGACAAACGAGGAAGGCGCGCGGUUUCCUGGAGCCAUGAUGGCUUCCGGUGUGUGGAGUACGAAGAGCUCAACACCGCUAGAAGCCUGCUGGGAUACACUGGACAAGGAGGGAAUGCGGAUGAAGCAAGCGCUUGAGGAGAUCGGAUACCUGGGCGAUACAAAGUGCGAUCACCGCGAGAAUGGACUGGAAUGCCAUUUUGAGCUGCACAUUGAGCAAGGCCCGAUUCUGGAAAGAGAAGGAAAGAGUGUAGGAGUCGUUACAUCCGUGCAAGGCAUGAAGUGGUUUGCGAUCCGCGUGACGGGCGUGGAAGGACAUUCAGGGACCACGCCGAUGCCUGGUCGCUCGGAUGCGCUCGUCAUGGCAUCCCGACUCAUCGCUGCGGUGCGUGAUACUGCGCUCAAGACCGGACUCGGCGUGGCUACGGUGGGAGUCAUCAGGAGUGAUACCUAUAGCCAAGCUACGAUUCCAGCCGGCAUUGACUUCAUAAUCGACAUCCGAUGCUCUACAGACGAAAUGGUUGAUCAACUUGCAACCGCGAUAUUCAAAGCUUUCGACGCAAUCAUCGCCGAGGAGAAGAACGGCACGUCGUACUCUACACAGCGCACGUGGGGCCUUCCGGAGUCGAUAUUUCACCCGCGCUGUAUCGACGCUGUCCGCGCUUCUGCACUUAAGGCAGUUGGCAAGGAUCAAAUCAUGGAUAUGAAGAGUCGUGCUGGUCACGACAGCGCGUGGACCUCGCGCGUCUGUCCCACGAGCAUGAUCUUCGUUCCGAGUAAAGAUGGGAUCAGUCAUAAUCCGCAUGAGUAUACGAGCCCGGAACAUUGUGCGUUGGGUGCGCAGAUAUUGCUAGAUUCGGUACUGUAUUAUGACGAGAGGGUGAAGAAUGGGGAGUACUAGUAACUCUUAAGAUGUAUAAAAUUGACGAAAAUCCUG